UUGAAUCCGCGGCGGUGGCGGCAGAGGAGGUAGACUGGAGCGCUCGUGGGUAGCGCUGUGAAGCACUGGCGACGGAGAGACUCGCGAGCUCAGGAUAAAAAUGGAAGGUACUGAAGAGCCUCAAAAAAGAGUAUUUAAGGCCCGCAAAACAAUGAGAACGAGUGAUCGACAACAGCUUGAGAGUGUAUAUAAAGUGAAAGAAGAGCUUUUGAAGACCACUGAUGUCAAGUUGUUAAAUGGGAAACAUGAAAAUGGGGAUUCAGAUCUCAGUUCCCCCCUAAUAAAUUCUGAAUGUGCAGAAGACAAAGAGAUUAAUGGUAUAGAGGAUUUAUGCGUGGAUUCUGAAGAAAGUAAAGUACACUCUGAAGAAAUUGCUGAUGUCAGAUGUCCUGAUAUUGAAGACGACCAAGUUACUGAUCUUGCUCCGAAACUUGAAAGUACGUCUCCAGAGAAGAUUGCUUCUGAGCAAGAUCAUGAGGAUGCUAGUAGUACUUCAGCCCCUGAACCUGAAAGUUCAGCGCUUGACUGUAGUAAAAAUAAUGACUUCCAGGAAGGGGUCAGUGUAAAAGAUAAUUUGGACCAUGAAGACAUUGGUACGAAAGAUGAUUUGGAUGAGGAAGCCAAACCAAACUGGCCUGAAAUUCAAAGUAACAUAAGCUGUAAUAAUAAUGACUCCUCUCCAGAACCAGUAGAAACAAAUGAGCAAGCUUGUACUCUUGAUCUGUCUGUGAAGGAAGAAAAAAAUGAUGAGGAAGUUGUACUAAAAGGUAGCGUUGGUGAGCAAGCAAUAUCUAGCAGUGUGGAUGUAGACCAGGGUCCAAAGGAUGGGGAAGUCCAAUCAGCAGAUCUUCAAGAGACUAGUACCCAAAAAAUAGUGGAAGAGGAACCAGUAGAAAGCAUCUUGGGAAAUUCAACCACCAUGGAAACAGAGGAGAUUAUUCCAAUUUUAGAAAAGUUGGCCCCAACAGAAGAUGAAUUAAGCUGUUUCUCCAAAUCUAUCAUGCACCCAGUAGAGAAUCCUAAUGUAGAUGCAGAAGAUAAAGUGGAAAGCUCAUUAAGUUCGCCAUCUAAACACGAAAACAGUGAAAAUUUGCCCAAAGAAGCAUUUUUGGUGCUUUCUGAUGAAGAGGAACUCUGUUGUGAGAGAGAAGCUGAAGUGGUAAUGUCAAACCAAGCAAACCCUUCAGAAGAGAAAGAGAAAGAAAAAGAACUGGGUGAAGCAGAAGAAAAAGAACAAGACAAGGAGGAAGAGAGGCCUCCAGAAAGAAGUGAGACAUCAAGAAGGAAGCGUUCCAAAUCGGAGGAUAUGGACAGUGUCCUUUCUAAACGUCGUCGAUACAUGGGAGAAGAAUAUGAAGCAGAAUUUGAAGUAAAAAUUACAACUAGAGGGGAUGUUAAUCAGAAACUAGAAAAGGUCAUCCAGAGGUUUCUUGAAGAGAAGUUCAAUGCUCUACAGUGUGCAGUCUUUGAUAAAACUCUAGAGGAACUGAAAACCAGAGUAGAUAAGAUUGAAUGUACCAAGAGACAUAAAACUGUUGUUAUUGAACUACAGGCUAAAAUUGCAAGAUUGACAAAACGUUUUGGAGCAGCCAGAGAAGAUUUUAAAAAAAGAUCUGAAAAUCCACAGAGCACACCUCAAUCCCCAGGAAAAGCAGUGGGUGACACAGGUGGUCUUAACAGUGCGACAUAUAGAAAUGCUGGCACAGUAAGACAGAUGCUAGAGUCCAAGAGAAAUACAGGGGACAGCACACCAACUACUUUUCAAGCACCUGUGAAUACAGUGCCUGCUACUAAUCUUACAGCUCCUCAGACAGCAGUCAGUGGACAUCCCAAACCUCAGACUCCAGUAACUUCUGCACCUUUGACUUCCAGCUCCUUGACAACCUCGGUUCUUCCUACUGCGAAUACAGCAACAGUAGUUGGCACUAGCCAAAUGGCCAGUAGCAACACACAGCCUAUGUCUGUUUCACUACAGUCCUUGCCAGUAAUACUGCAUGUACCUGUUGCAAUGUCCUCUCAGCCUCAGCUCCUGCAAGGGCAUACUGGUACUUUGGUUACUAACCAGCAGUCUGGAAGUGUUGAAUUUAUACCUGUACAAAGUCAAUCUAAUGUUGGGAACUUAAGCAAGACUCCAUUGUCACUAUCAUCUGUUAAUUCAGCAAAAACAAACAACAGUCCUUCUGUAUCCAACUCUAGCAUUCAGAGGAACUCUCCAGCCAGUGCUGGUUGCUCGAUAGGGACAACUUUGGCAGUACAGGCUGUCUCAACAGCACAUCCAGUUGCACAAACCACAAGGACUACUUUGGCUACUGUGACUACAUCAGGGGUGUAUACUCCUCCUACCAGCAAUAGGAGUUCCAUACAAAUGAAGAUCCCUCUGACGGCUUUCAGCAGUACUGCCCCUUCUGAAAUAAGCACCACAGUGGCACCUAGAGCUGAGAACCAGACAUCAAGAUUACUGCCAGCUGUACUGCCACCAACAGAUAUUUCAGCAAACAAGAAAACAUCUGAGAAUCCGUCACAGAGUGGAAAGGCCACAGGUGGUGCUUCAAGCAGUGUCAUUGACCUCACGCUGGAUGAUGAAGACGAUGGCUCUUCUCAAACAGAGAGUAAGAAGCAGAACCAGAACCAAUCAAACACCUCUGGAAUGGGCCUGCCCACCCAGUCUAUAGCUCGUCCACUACAGCCAGUACAAACAAGUCCUCUUCAACAGGCAGGUGCGUCAGCAAGUGGCUUACCACAGACAACCAUACAUGUUCUUCCCACAGCCCAGACAACUGUGAAUGUAACCCAUCGUCCAAUGACUCAGACUGCUGCCCGGCUCCCAGUACCAAGAGCUCCUGCUAACCAUCAGGUGGUCUACACUACUCUUCCUGCACCAUCAGGGCAGACUCCUGUGCGAACCAAUGUUAUGCAGAGCCCUAGUUUAAGGCAGGUCAACCCACAAAGUUCAGGUGUGACAGUGAGAAUGCCUCAGACAGCGUAUGUUGUAAACAAUGGACUGACCUUGGGGUCUGGAGGGCCACAGCUCACAGUGCAUCACCGACCAUCUCAAGUGCAUUCGGAGCCACUGCGACCUAUUCAUCCAGCCCCUCUGCCUGAUGCCCCACAGCCUUCACGCUUGCCUCCUGAAGCUGCCAGUACCUCUCUGCCUCAGAAGCCACAUCUGAAGCUAGCACGUGUACAAAGUCAGAAUGGUAUAGUGCUAUCCUGGAGCGUUUUGGAAGUGGACCGGAGCUGUGCCAGCGUGGAUAGCUAUCAUCUGUAUGCAUACCAUGAAGACCCCAGUGCCACUGUGCCCUCCCAAUGGAAAAAGAUUGGGGAAGUGAAAGCCCUUCCUCUGCCUAUGGCUUGCACACUUACUCAGUUUGUGUCUGGUAGCAAAUACUAUUUUGCAGUCCGUGCUAAGGACAUCUAUGGACGCUUCGGACCUUUCUGUGACCCCCAGUCUACAGAUGUGAUUGCUUCCCAAAGCAGUUAAGCUAGAGACUUUGAAGGCUUCCAUCUUUCCCCACAGUGGAACAUACUCUGGUUUUGGGUUUAUUCUCAUGCAUGAAACUCACUGUAAAAUCUCUGCAGGAUUAUUUUGAAAAGUUGUCACACACUACAUAAAGUUAUAACCAAAAUAAAUUUCUAGCAUACUGUGGGAGACCCUGUAUUCUGCUGAAAUCUUGAAGUAUGAACUCCUCCCCUUCUCCCCCAAAGCUGCUGUUUAGGAGUGAGGCCCUGAGUCUUUGGCUUCACAUGAAUCUGUAUCUCAGCAGGCUAAUGAGGAAUAUUAGCCCUGACACAAAGGGCAAGAGGUAUGUUGGGUGAAGAGGGAAGCCAAGAUUCAGGGUCUUGCUUUCUUUGGUACUGGAAGAUUGGCCAGUGUUAUCUUACGAUUACAAGGAGUUGCCUGUUUUCUAGAGGCAAAGGACUUUUUAUGUGGCCAGUUCUUGAGGAAUGUAUGUGUAUCUGCUUAUUGGGGUUGAGGAAAAAGCAGUCCUCUUGCCAGGCUACAGAGUGCUCACAUCAGACUCAGGGAGCAUUCUAAGGCCAGGCUUAAAAACAGGUUUGGGGAAAGUUUCAUUUGCAUUUCCAAUACCUUCCUGACCUUCCUCUUACAUGUCUUUCUCUUUUUAAAAAAUUUAAUUUGUGCCUUAAAUAGUAAUUUUAAAAAUAAAUGCAAUCACUUUUCUGUGUUUUCCUCCUUUUGCCAUUUUCAUUUUUCAGCUCUUCUUGCUAGUCCCAGAAGAUCAUAACUUUCUCUUGCAGUGUCCAAGAAUGUAUAGCAGCCAAUCUUCCUAGAUUAAAUUUCAUUUGUGAUCAUUCAAGCCAAUGUUUAAAUACUUGGGUCUGAUUAAUAGGUGAAUAUGGGUCACCUCAACACAUUGUUCAGAGGGAGUUGGUGUGUGCUAUGGUUUGGCCACAGCAGAUCUGGGUACAUGACACCAUAUUUUCAUCAUACAUACUUCUUGAUAAUUGCUUUCUUCAAGCCACUUUAAUUAAAUCAUUUGGUACAACCUUUCAUUAUUUCAGUAUGCCAGGCCAGCACAACAAAACUGUCUCCAUCUCCUCCUAUCCCACCAAGACCGAGUAUGUGUGACAGAUGUAAACCACCUCUUCCAUGGCAAUGAAUAAGACAGCAUCAUAAGAUCUCCUAGUGGAAAGCAACACAUCUACAGUCUUCCCAGAUUAUCAGCUCCAGUUGGGGGCAGUUCUUUAUUCAUUGUCCGUACAAGGGUCUGGCACUUGUCUUAUUUUUGAAGCUGGUAGAGCUGAAACCAUGAAAUGCAAGGUUCCAAAGGGGGAAAGCCUAGAGCUGGAACAGUGUUGAUGUAACUUGGAAAGACAGGGUCUUAAUUAUGUAACUCGGAUAACGUACGUGCAGUAAAAUUCCCUGCCGUUUUUAUACACCUUAUAUCCUCAUUCAUGUACAUUUUAAAGCCAAGGAGUUGUUUUUGAGUGAUAAGGAACCAGCCUUCUUAUGGAUCUUUUGCUUAUAUUUAGUGGUCUAGUCAAGAAUUAUAUUUGAACUUGAAUUAAUUUUAUUCUUGGUGUUUAGUGAGGAGUUCUCAGUCUUUAACACACAGAUGAUGAUCCAUUUGCCUCACUUAUUUAAAUUAACAAUGGUGCUGUCCUCAGAAAUGAGCCUCUACUUGCUCGUUAACUGGAAGUUUGAUAUAGAAGCAACCAAUGAUCUCUCUAGAUUGAUCACUUGUAGAAGAAUUUUUCCUUAGUUUGGAGGGCUUCCUUUUAAUCUUAACAGUAGUAAUGCUUUAAAAAAAGUAAGCUGGCAUUAGAAUACCAAAAGUCUAUAAAGGGAGUAUUUUAUUACACAAAGUUGAAUUAAUAGAAAAAUGAAACUAGAAUGUUACCGUGGUUGUGUGUGACUGCAGUAAUCCCAGUCAUACGUAGCUGAUGGUGUAGGCUACUUUGGAUUUUUCUUACUUGCUCUUUCAUGCCUUUUUCCCUACUCAGGCAGUAAACUCAAGGUAGAAUGCAGCUGAAAAGAUAUAUAAGAGCAUACAUUUUUAAACAAGGAAAAAUAAAUUUCAGGGAGAGAUCAUCUUUGAACUUGCUGGCAGAAAGAAUUAUGUAUGUACCCAAAACACACAUGGAUCCUCAUCUGGAUAAACUACGUCCUGCCCCUAUAAUAGAAAGACGGGCAAUAUUGGCAACUGCAUUUUUUCUGUUACUCUUUUAUGCAUUCAGGAUCAGGUGCUGUUCCACGCCUCCCCCUGCCCCUCCCCCACCAAAUUUGCAGGAGAUGUCAAUUGCAGCCCAUAAAUUAGAUCCAACAGGGAGGGCAAAAUAAUUUUGCAUGUAGAUAUGUAAACUGAAACUGGCAGAGAAGCUAUUGGUAAAACAAAAAGUUCUUUAUGAAUCAUAAUGGACCUCUAAUUAUGUAGGUAACACUGAGGAAAGCAGAAAUAGAGUCUAGAACGUGCUGUCAGCAGGGUGUUUCAGAGCUUGUAGUUUUCUCUUUGGUGCCAUAUUCACAAAGAAGUUUUUUUUUUUCCAAUCUGAGCAUCUACCUGUAAAAAGACAUUGGACAAUACUAGCUUUCUUUCUGUCAAACUAUUAGAAACUAAACUGGAUUGCACAAUACCAAGGUGCAGAGUUGUUUGGUUUUUACUGCACUACGCUCAUCGUAAAAUUGAACUCUCUCAGUAUGAUGUAUGCAUUAUAGAUGGGGUAGAGAAGAUCAAGAGUAAGAUCUUCAAGGAAAGAAGAGGGAAGGGUGUUAGUCAUUGCAUUGCACUUUUAUCAGUAUUUUUUCACCAUACUUUCCUUGCUGCAGUAUAUAGGCUGGCGCCAUGCUUAAAUUCUAUUUUCUACUGCUUUUAAAUGUGAAGCUGGAGUAGUAUUUUUUCACUUGUAUUUCAGCAACAUUCUGUUCUUUCUCUUGAAUACGUGAGAAUCCACCUGGUAGUUUACUAACAUUCCAUUUUAGAGGACAGAGGUAGGGGCAAGUGAAACACUUUUACUGCUCAACAAGGGACAGUGGUGGGACAAUUGCUGCUAAACCCCUUAAAUUGAUUGCAUGUUUUCCUCUUCGUUCUCAGAUUACAGCUACUAAACUUUUUCCAGCAAGACCUUAGCAGGUCGCAAGGGAGAGGGGGCAGGAACAGUACAUGCUCAGCAGUGGCAUCUAAUUAGGAAAAGUUUUGAGCAUUAGCAAGUAUUCUAAGAGUUCUGAACGUACUAAGUAUGCUAUUGGAUAGUUGAAUUACUAAAAGUAGCUCUAAUGUGAAUUUUCGGUCUGUUGAGGGAAUGGCAGUGCCUCUUCAAUAUAUACAUUCCAGGAAAAUGGUGGCUAAGCUAAUGACAGCUGUAGGCGCAUGAGGAAUGUUGCUGGGAUUCGAACAGUGUUCUACUGCAAAAAACUUCUCAGUUCACCCUUUCACUUCAGGUUAUGUGUCUAAUUGGUUUGUAACCCAAAAUCCUUAUCACAUGUCGAAUUGGAUAAGAUGUAAGUAGCUUUGUAACUUGUUCCUCGAAUAGCCACAUUACAGUAUUAACUAGGAAAACUGCAUAUGCAGUUGAAAAUGAAGUUGGGAUGAUGCCUUAGAACUCCUUUGAUGUUUUCAGUUUUCAACAGCAAAAAUAUCCAGAUUUUUAUAACAAAAACUACAUUCUUUUAAUAGCUAUAUAAAAUAUAUGGAAACUAUUUUUCUUUUUCCUUAUUUCCCCCUUAUAUUUUUGUGUUUAGGGAGGUGAGAACUGGGUACCCGUGUUCUGGUAGGGCCUUCUAACAUUGCUGUAAAACAGUUACUGCAGCCUUUCUAUAAUCCGCUCAUGCUGAGGAAGGUAAAACACAAAUAGUUAAGUACAUAUUAAAAUCUCUGUUCCUUUUAUCAUUGGAUCUAAUCAAUAUUUUAAAGCACAUGGAUAGUUUUUUCAUCUUAUUGUGCUGGUUUUUCCUGUUUGAAGAUAUAUUUUCAAAGUGCUGUCUGAGGUUGAAGUUUUAUCUGUAAAUAAAGUAACUGGACAGCCAAAUUCUGGGGUUCUUGGACUUCAGUAACUUAUCAGCCAUUGGCAAAUAGACUCCUACAAAACUCUUUAUAUAAACUUGCACUCUGGUUUUUUUUUCUUUUGCAGAUGAAUAUGUAAAUAAAGAUAAUGUAGGAUGUACCAAAAAGUCCAAUUUGAGCAGGGCAAUGGCAAGUUCUCCCCAGUUUUUGUAUGCAUUAUAGAUUAGUGACUGUAUACGUGUUAAUUGUAGUGGGGUUUUGUCUGACAAGCCUGAAAUUUAUACUUUGAAAUAAACU